UUUAGCACGCUUAUUUUCAAACAAUAAGCCAUUAAUACUCACACGAAUUUUACAAACUGUAACUUAACUUACGCUUUGAUUUAAUAUUUUAUUAUCAUGAUUUAUGAGGAUAAACAUGUUUUGAGAGAAUAUAAGCAUUUAAGCUCGACAGUCAAUAUUUAUUAUGUCUUUUCUUUGUUAAAUUUCAAUAAUGUUUCAAUUACUUUUCCGUAAGAAAAAUUCGGUGUACAUAAAUCACACCGAGGCAAAGUGAUGAUCACUUUAAACGGUUCCAGGCGCGUCUUACAACCAUAUUAAAAUCAUUCAUACUAUAAAAGUUUGAUAAUAUUAGUGAUUUUUUCUGAUUUUUUUUUGUAGCACAGACAGGCAGUUCUCUGCUGGCAGUUUACAUUUCAGUUCCAUUUGUUCUUGCUCUCAUAAUAAUGUUAGCUUCAGCCUUGAUUAUAGUUCGCAGACGUAGAAGUCCUAAAAGUGUUCCGGAUACCAUGGAGGAAAGAAGUUCGGCUUUUGCAAAUCAGAUUAAUACCGACUCCACCACCGGGUCUGAAAUUGCAGUUUACGAACGCAGCGGUCUGAAUUCAUCUGAAUAUCAAUAUUCUGAUAUCACUUUAGACAACGCACAGCCAAAAGAUCUUGGGAAUUGUUACGGCACUAAAAAAGCAGACAACCCAGGGCAAAAUAACAUGCCGGAAAACAGGAAAGCCUAUAGUCAUUUAGAGAUUAAGCCGAAUAUAUUCAAGGACACCACUUAUUCACACAUAUCAGAAAACAGUCGAGGAAAACUCAACUCAGAAUCAACCAGCUCUGCCUACUCACAAGUUUCCAGAGUCAAUGUUUCAAAGCAAAUAAAUAAAAUGAUCGAGGAGUCUGACGACGAAUAUGACAAGCUGCAAAACACUAAGCGGAAAACCAUAUCAGAAAAGAACGUUCAAGAGAAUAAUGGAGACUCAAAUUAAGAUCAUGUGGUCGCAGGUGCAAGUAAUGGCAAGAAGAACAAUCAUUAAGGGGAUGGUUAUU